AAAACAAACCCCGAACAGGUCCCCAUGAAGUUGCUAUGUCCAAGCGAAACAAUAUAACCUACGUCAAGCCGCAGGAACCCAGUUUUUUGGCCAAACUGAAGGAACAAAUCGGCUACAAAGAGGGCCCUUCCGUCGACACAAAGCGCCAGCGACUCGAAGACGAGGACCCAGAGGACACUGACUCUGGCGAGGAACGUCCGGAAAGGGAGGACGAACAGCCCCAGGUGGUGGUACUGCAGGCCGGAGAUCUCUCCGCAGCGGAGGCGCUCGAGGAGAAACGAUUAGCCGCCAAAGAGUUGGCUGAAAAGCGUGCGGACUUGUCCCAGCCCAUUGUCUUCAAGCAGCGCGUAAAGCAAGCCAACCUCGAGGAGGAGGCUGAUAAAACCAAGCCCAAGAAGAGCAAGAAAUCCGAUAAGGGAAGCAAGAAAUCCAAGGCCACCAGCAGCAUCAGCAAAUUGUCAUUCAACGAGGACGAAGAGGACAACGAAGGCGGAGAGGAUUAAGCUCCAACUCUCAGUUUUCCAGUU